AUGCUCUGUUUCUCGCCUAACUCUGGAAUGGUUCCUGCUACGACGGACACGCAACCAGACAAUUCUAGUAGAAAAGAGCAGCGGCGCGCCCGCGUCAGUCAGCCAGUCGGCCAUAGCGGCUAUCUCUCAGCCCAUCCACACCCACACCAUGCUGUGUACAGCCCAAGCCCAGCCCACAUCCACGUCCAUGCUGACUUCGUACCUGCAUGUACCCUGGAAAUAUACUCCGCCAUAAGAGGCAGAGAGAGUGAGACUGGAUCUGUCAGAAAUCAGGUGGGCCUCUUCCAAGCCAAGGUUUGA